GAUUCACGGGUAGGUAGAUUUUCGGAGCUAUCUAUUUCUUUUCUGCACGUGCGCGACUGCCGCGACAGUGUCGAGUAAGUUGUUUAUCUAACUCAGCUGAUGUGGAAGUGUUGUCAGUGGUUUUUUGUUUUGUUCUUAAUAACGUGGAGACUUGCCGGGCUUGAUCGAAUGAAAUAAAAUAUCUGCUUGUAUUUUUUGAUUGAUGUUUUUAACACAUGUAAGGAUAGCAAAAGUACUGUGUGGAAUAUGAGCAGAAAGAAGGUAUAGCAUUUAAUUUAAGGUUAUAAACAAAUGUGAAGUAAACGAAAAAAUUCUGAACCUCAUUGAGUAGCUGAAUAAAUUACAAGAUGUCUUUGAGAAAAUUCAUGCACAAAAGGAACAAGUACAAAGAAGAGCCAAAUUUUAAACAACUUGCUAUUUUAUAUCCAGGAUUUCGCAAAAUUGCUGUAACUGAUAUUGCAGGAAAAGUUAAAAUAAAUUUUAAAGAUGUUGAAAGUUUGAAGAUUUUAACAAAGACUUUGUUAAAGCAUGAUUUUAAUUUGGAUGUCGAUAUUCCUCCAAAUCAUUUGGUACCUGCGCUACCUCUGCGAUUAAAUUACAUUCUGUGGAUUGAGGAUCUGUUAAAUCACUGUGGUAUUCAGGAUCUGAGUACUGUCCAUGGACUAGACAUAGGAACAGGUGCAAUAUGUAUUUAUCCAAUUUUGUUUUCAAAUUUAUAUAAAACUAAAAUGACAUGCACGGAUAUAGAUCCUAAAAGCAUAAUCUCAGCUACAGAAAAUAUUGAAAAAAAUAACUUACAAGAUCUUAUAGAAGUUAUUUUAAUUAAAAAAGAAUCAAUCCUUAAAGAAGCAUUAGAGAAAAAUGAAAAGUAUUCAUUUGUCAUGUGCAACCCACCAUUUUUUGAAACAGAUAAGGGUUUGGGGAAAAAAUCUAAACAAGAGCCACCAAGGAAUGCUCCAACAGGCAAUGCUAACGAAUUAGAAGUUAAAGGUGGAGAAAGAGAAUUCAUUUUGCGAUUGAUUGAAGAAAGUCUGGAAUACAAACAUAAAAUAAAGAUAUACACAACAAUGUUUGGACAAAAGAGUAGUUUAGCUUUUUUGAGAAAUGAACUGACGAAGAAGAGAAUAUUUAAUGCUACAUGGACUGAAUUUUGCCAAGGUUUCACUAAAAGGUGGGGAAUAGCUUGGACAUUUGAACCAAAAAGUGAAUUAGAUUUAACAACAGCCCCUGUUAUAAGAACCAGAGCAGAGGUAUCCAAAAUGAAAAAAGAUAAAUCUAUGGAAAUCGUUUUUCCAGCAAGAAAAAAUUUAAGCUGUUUAAACGAAGUUGUUACUGCAUUAAAAAUCUGGAUUACUGAACUAAAGAUAAAAAUAAAGGAAAUACAACUAGCCGAUGAUGACUAUCCUUGUUGGGCAUGCCAACUGAUUGGAUACAAUGAUACGUGGUCUCACGCAAGAAGAAAACGACGCAUGGCUAUGCGACAAGAGGCUUUGAAAAAAAGACGAGUUGACAAGUCUGAGUCAAGCAAUGAAAUUGAUAAGUUGCAAAACGAUGAAUCAGAAUCCACGGAGAGCGAGAUUAAAAGUGUAGAAAGUAAUGAGCCGUUAUUAGUUUGUACGUUACUUGUGGGAGAGAAAAGUGAACACGUCGAUGAUAGUGGCGAUAACGACGAAGAUGACAGUGAAGAAGAUACAAAUAACGAAAAAAUGUUGAGAAUUUGCAUGUUGUUUGAAAGUGGUACGGGCGGUAAAUUGAGCCUGGAGACUCUUCGUCAGUAUUUAGUAAAUAAAUUAAACAUACGAGAUUUUUUUCAUAAAAAAAAUCCAAGUAAACCGAAUAAGAAAAAGAGAAAAAGAAAAAAAAUUAAAAAAGAUCAAUCUUUAGUAGUUUGUCAAAACAAAGAGUUGUAAACUCGGGUAAUUUUAUCGAGUUUUGUAUAUAAAAUGAUUUAUUUAACGUGGUGAUUUUUUCUUUACCAAAUUACAUAACAGCUGAUAUAUGUAAAUCAGGUAUUUAACUUUAUUUAUAGUUAAUCCUUAUCGGCUAAUAUCUUUGUAUGGUACAAUUUCGCUAACAAGUGCAAUACAAUGUUUGGUAUAACAAAUAUAGAAAGAAAACAGCAAUGACUGAUGACACACUCUUCAAUAAAGAUUGCAUACUUUGACACUUCUCUCUGAUCAGUACUGCCACUAUUGCAUAACGCUUAUUCAGGAAACUAUAAAAAUUAAUGUUAAGUAGCGCAUCGCAAUGAAUAAUUGACACAAAUUUGAACUACUUUCAACAAUUUUACGUAGCUUUAACAAAUAAUUGCGCUAUGUUGAUUAUUAAUUUAACAUUCUGACCGACAGGUGAUUUAAAAUUCUAUUUAGUUUCAGGCUGAUUACAUUGGAUUAUUUUAGUUUAACGCUUGACGCCGAUUCUGAUUAUAUUUGCAGUCAAUUCGUAGUUCUGACUUAUGCCCAUUGUAUGUUUAAGUUUUAACAAAGCGUGCAUAAAAAGGAGAUUAACAUUUGGUAACAAUAUCUUAUUAAUUCUAAAGCCUACAAUACGUUGCUUAUUUCUAAGUUGUACACUACUACAACAGAAAUCUGGUGUAACAUUUCGCGUCGUUAUUUGGUUUUCUUAGAAAAAAAGAACAUUUAUUUAGCGAACUAACUAUAUCACUUUAUCGUAUUAUUUCAUGCUAGUCUAGUAUUACGCUCAAAAAAAUAGAAAAAAACCUAUACAGAAUCAAACGUUCCCUACAAAAUCGCAAAAAAAUAUGAUUAGCGUUAACAA